GUUUCUGUAAAAAGAGAACAAGGGCCCGCAUCACUUGAAAAUUUGUACUAAUUUUUUUUGAUAUGUUAGCAUGUGAAGAUUACUGAAACUACACAAAAAAAACCCUUUUUUUCUCUGUUUUGGAGGUAACAAAAAACACAACUUACUCUAUUCUCUAUCUCGUUUUUGACAAUGCACAAUCGAAUCUUUGAGUUUCGAGGCUCAAAACCUCUUUUCUUUUAUUUAAUUCCUUAAACUAUCCUUUUUUAUUUGUUUUGAUCUCUCGAGUUGUGUAUAAAAGCCCCAAACUUUUGUUCAAAAAAGUUCAAAUUUCACCACAUUUUCAAGUUUUAUAUGGGUUUAAUUGUAGCUUGAUUUGAAGAUAUUGGUAACUAGCAAGAGGGUUUUGGUAGGUUUCCUGAGGUGGGUUUUGCAUUCUUAGUCAAUGCUAGGAGUUCAUAUUGGUUUAAAGCCAAGAUCUGUGUUGCUGUUAGCUUCAAGACUAUGGUUUAUGAAUGUGGUCUAUUACAAGUGUACUACUUACAUGUGGUUUUGAUUUUCAAGGUUUUGCUGCUCAUUUCACUCCUUAAUUGUUAGCAAAAUGGGGGUUUUAGGGAAUUUUCUUUUUGGGUUUGUGGUGGUUUGUUUAAUUUCAAGAAAGAUUUGAGGAAAGUUGGUAAAUUUGCAAAAUUGGGUGCUCUUUCUGAAGGAAAGAGGCUCAAGAUCUCUUGAAAAUCAGUUGAAGGUGUUUAAAAAUGUCUGGAGGAGCUCCAAGAAUUAGGUCAAUGAAUGUAGCUGAUUCUGAGACUAGGCCUGUGUUAGGACCCACCGGAAAUAAUAAGGCAGGGUCUUUGAGUGCUAGAAAACCUGCCUCUAAACAGUCCAGAAAGGUUGAAACAUCACCUAAGUCUGUUGUAUUAGGUGAAGAGGAGAAGGCACGUACGGCUAAUAUGAUCGGUGCCCUUUCUCCUAAAUCGCAUUCUAGUAGUGUUACUUCUGUGCUUCGUCGGCAUGAGCAGUUCUUGCAUUCUAAUUUAUCGCUCAAUGCUUCGUGUUCCUCUGAUGCUUCCACCGAUUCGUUCCACAGCCGAGCAUCUACAGGGAGGUUGACCAGAUCGAAUAGUUUGGGGACCAGGAGGAAGCAAUAUGCUUCAAAGCCGAGAAGCGUUGCUUCUGAUAGGAGUUUAGACUCUCCACCGCCUUCUUCCGGUGGUCCACAGACCAAGAAAACCUGUGCCUGGGUAACCCCAAGUGCCGACCCAUAUUACACUGCUUUCCACGAUGAAGAAUGGGGAGUUCCAGUGCACGAUGACAAGAAAUUGUUUGAGCUUCUUGUUCUGUCAGGUGCUUUGGCUGAACUUACUUGGCCUGCCAUUCUAAGCAAAAGACAUAUCUUUAGGGAAGUUUUUGCAGAUUUUGAUCCAGUUGCUGUGUCAAAAUUUAACGAGAAGAAGGUAACAGCACCUGGUAGUACAGCAAGUUCCUUAUUAUCAGAAGUUAAACUGCGUGCUAUCAUAGAGAAUGCACGGCAAAUGUUAAAGGUAGUAGACGAGUUCGAGUCAUUUGACAAGUACAUUUGGAGCUUUGUGAAUUUUAAGCCUAUAGUUAGCAGAUUCCGCUAUUCUCGCCACGUUCCGGUUAAAACUCCAAAAGCAGACGUUAUAAGCAAAGACCUAGUAAGAAGAGGAUUCCGCAGUGUGGGACCCACAGUUGUGUACUCUUUCAUGCAAGUUGCAGGAUUAACAAAUGACCAUCUCAUCGGUUGCUUUAGAUUUCAAGAGUGCUUAAAUGCCGCAGAAGGGAAAGAAGAAAAUGGUGUAAAGGUUGAAGAAAAAAUGGCCGAGAGUGUCGUGGAAUCUGAAAUCUCCUUAGCUAUGGAUGCAUUGAGUUUCUCAUCGGAAUAAUACUCGGCAGCAGAUGAAGCACCGGCCAGGUUCAGACAUCAGUUUAUCCUGAUAGCUAAUUAACGGCUAAUUUCAAGGUAGCUAUGGAAAUGAUUUUGUGUAUAAAAUUUGAUGAAUUUGCAUGGAUCAUGAAUUCCUCCUAGAUUGUAGAUUACUGAAAACCAAUUUAUCAACGCGAUGAUUGUGUAGUCGAGAGCGCCUGUUUGUCAGAGCCUUGAAAAUAGUUGAAUCUAUUGAAAUUUCUGUACAGUUGAAAAGGGUUAGAUCCAUGAAAGGUGUGGUAGACAGCUAAACAAAAUUAAAUGUUGGGAAGUCAAUUGAAUUGUGACAAAGAUUGAUGAUAGGGAAGCAUAAUUAGUUAGGGUCCCCUUGGGAUGGGAAGAACCCUCUGUACACAACAUGCUUGUUGGCUGUACUUUCUUUAAGCUUUAAUUUAGAUGAUGAUUGAUGCUCA